CGAGGAGCAGCCGGAAAGCCGACCGAGUGGGAAGAACAGAGCCACCGCCGGCCUCGCCGGAAUUCGCAUCUCCGGCCACCGCAAUCUCGACUUUCCGAUCAAAUUCCCUCUCCUUGUUCCCGUAGAGAAAUAGCCGGAAUCUGAAUUGGGAUUUUUGGGCGAAAGAGAGAAAUGAUGGGAUUUUUCGCGAUUCCGUUGGAGAUUUCGGCUAGGUUACUGUGGACUACCAGUUUCUUCCGCCAUAAGCGAUCUUGAUCUCGAUCUCGAUCUUGAUCUUGAUCUUUGAUUAAUCCUCUUUUUUUUUCCUUCCUUCGAGAUUAGUACUGUUCCUUGCUUUAGGUCACCAAAAUCCUUCGCCUUAGAAACCAGAAAUUUCCGUUCCGCCGCCGGAAGUCGAGAAACAGAGAAAGAGGAGAUUCGAUUCGAUGGAAUCUGGUCGGUUCUUGUUCAACCCGCCGGCUACCCAUGGCCAGAUGCUUUACCUCGGCGGAGGAGGAAGAAGAAUGAUGAGCAUGAGCAUGCAGGAAAGCCCAAAGGGGCGGCCGUUUUUCAGAUCACCCCACGAUCUUUACGACGACGAAUAUUACGACGAGCUCUACCCCGAAAAGAAGCGCCGCCUUAGUCACGACCAGGUUUGUGACAUUUGCCUUUUAUGCUGCCAUUUUCACCAGUUCUCUCUUUCAAGUUGUGGAAGAACUUUUUUUAAGGUUCAAAUGCUGGAGAAGAGCUUUGAGGAAGAGAACAAACUGGAGCCAGAGCGGAAGACUCAACUGGCCAAGAAACUGGGGCUGCAGCCAAGGCAGGUCGCCGUGUGGUACCAAAACCGCCGUGCUCGGUGGAAGAUGAAGCAGCUCGAAAGGGACUACGAUCUUCUCAAGGCUUCGUAUGAUUUGCUUCUCUCUAACUAUGACUCCAUUGUCAAAGAAAAUGCAGUUCUUAAAUCUGAGUAUUUUCAGGUGGCUUCCCUAGCAGAGAAAUUUCUAAACAAAGAGCUAACCGGAGAAGCGUCGGUUCCACAUAUAACAUCCGAACCUCUUCUAGCAAACAUUGUGCACGUCUCCUCCCCACGCUCUGGCAGAAAGGCCGAAGACCGUCUGAGUUCAGGGAGCAACAGCAGUGCACCGGUCGACGACAAUUGCCCACAACUCAUCGACAGUGGUGACUCUUACUUCCCCAGCAACGAAUAUCUGCAAAUAGAGAAUGACGACAAGAGCGACAACGGCUACAAUUUCUUCUCCGAUAUGUUUGCAGCAACAAACCAACAGAAUCAGGAGGGUGGUCAUCCAGCUUGGUGGGCAUGGCCAUAGGAGUCUCAUUCAACUUGUUACAGCCUGUUGCUUAUACAAAUGUUUGAAAGUUUUCACUUGUUUGUAACCAAUAAAUUUCAGGUAUUGUCCUUGUAUGAAGUAUUUUGUAUUGAACUUGACAGUAAAAUGUAAUAGGCAGCUUUGAAGUCUAUGUUCUUCCUUCCCACUUA